UUGUUAAGAACGAGGAAACCUCAGUGUCAGAAAGUAGGUGUGGGCUAGCGAACUAGCGGCAAAUGUGAUUAAAAUAACUUUAAAUUAAAUCUAAACAAGCAAACGCGGUCUUCAAUACAACUUCCAUGUUGCAGGAAAACUGAAAUUGGGGACGUUGUGUGUGUGGAGAUGGAGGCGCGGGCUCGCAGCUGUUUGCUGCGCUCCAGAGCUACUCUGGAGCAGGAUAUAAAGGCCUCCUACCUCAUGGACCACAUGAUCAGUGACGGGGUCCUGACAGGGGACGAGGAGGAGAGGGUACUCAGCAAGCCCACCAGAAGGGAACAGGCAGCGGCACUACUAGAGGUCCUCCUGAGGAAAGACAACAGAGCCUACAUCUCCUUCUACAAUGCCCUUAUCAGAGAGAGCUAUGGAGACCUGGCCAGUCUGCUUCACAAUGACCUGCCACAGCUUAGCCCUGAGGGUGAAAAGAGCUACUCCAAUGGAAUCUCUCCCACUGUGCAUGCUAUUCUGAGUGAAGGCGGUGUGCCCCAGAGGCCUGUGGUUUUCGUGAACCGCCCUACUCUGCUUAACAAGGUCCAGGAGAAGCUGUACAAGCUUCAGAACGUGGUGGGCUGGGUCACUGUGUUUGGCAUGGCUGGUUCAGGGAAGUCUGUGCUGGCUGCGGAGGCAGUGAGAGACCACGCUUUAAUCAAAGAGUGCUUUCCUGAUGGCGUUCAUUGGCUGUCUGUGGGGCAGUGUGAGAGAGCAGAUCUGCUGGUGAGAAUGCAGUCUCUGUGUUUUAGGUUGGAGCAGAGGCAAAUUUCAGAUUCGCCCCUGAGGCCCCCCAGUUCUGUCGAGGAGGCCAAAGAGCGCCUGCGCUUCCUCAUGCUCCGCGGGUUUCCCAGGGCUCUCCUGAUUCUGGAUGAUGUGUGGGACAGCUACACUCUCAGGGCUUUUGAUAUCCAGUGUCGAGUCCUCUUGACCACUCGUAACCGGAGUCUGACUGACUGUGUGAGUGGUCAGAGGUUCAGUGUGCCUGUUGAGAGUGGUCUGGAUGAAGAGAAAGCUUUGGAAAUUCUUGCACUAUAUGUAAACCAGAAGCUUCACAAUCUUCCAGAACAGGCCCGCAGCAUUGUAAAAGAAUGCAAAGGCUCUCCUCUGGUGGUAUCUUUGAUUGGUGCACUGUUAAGAGAGUUUCCUGAGCGCUGGGGCUACUACCUGCGGCAGCUGCAGAAGAAGCAGUUCCAGCGGAUACGCAAGUCUUCCUCAUAUGACUACGAAGCUCUGGAUCAGGCCAUGGAUGCCAGUCUGCAGGUCCUGAAAGAAGAACACCGCGAACUCUACAAAGACCUGAGUGUACUAGAGAAAGACGUCAAAGUGCCUGCCAAGGUGCUGUCUGUGCUGUGGGGCAAAGAGCUGGAGGACGUGGAGGAUGUCCUGCAGGAGUUUGUGAAUAAGUCUCUGCUGUUUCGGGACUGUAACCAGCGGCCGUAUCUCUACUACCUCCACGACUUACAGCUCGACUUCCUCACCGAGCAAAACCGCAGUCAGCUAGCAGAGCUGCACAGUAAAGUGAUCCGGCAGUAUCAGCAGGCGUACAGCAAAAGUCUACCCACUUCGGCGGAUGUGGCGUCCUUAUACUGGUACAGAUUUCUUCCACAUCACAUGGCCCGAGCCGGUCUGUCCAAGGAGCUAUAUUCUCUGAUGUUUUCACUGGACUGGGUGAAAAAUAAGGCUCAGAUAAUGGGAUCUGCCCACUUAAUCAAUGACUACGUGGAGUAUGGUGCAAUUCUCGACCAAGAGAACAGUGAAGUGAGGCUACAGUUUCAGGAGUUUCUGUCACUGAACGGUCAUCAGCUGGAGCAGAGGCCCUUCCCUGAUGUGGUGCAGCUGGCCCUCUCUCAGCCCCACGGCUCGGAAGUGUAUAGGCAGGCCUUACUGCAGGCGAAGGAAAGGGCUAACAGGGGGCAGCUCUACCUGGAAUGGGUGAACAAGAGUAAUCUGGAGAGUCUGUCACGACUGGUGCUCCACCCUCACCAGAACUCUGUAUACUACGCGUGCUUUUCUAGAGACGGGAGCAAGAUUGCCUCCUGUGGGGCUAGCAAAACACUACGGGUGUUUAAGAGUACCUCUGGAGAGAAGCUCCAGGAGAUCCUGGCUCAUGAUGAUGAGGUUCUGUGUUGUGCCUUUUCCCCUGAUGACCGUCACAUAGCAACCUGCUCCAGUGACAGAAAGGUUAAGGUAUGGAAUGUAGAAAAAGGCACUCUGUUGCGUGUGUUUGAGGAUGAGCAUGAAGAGCAGAUCAACCAUUGCCAGUUCACUAACACAAACCGCCGCGUCUUGCUGGCGACCUGCUCCAAUGACAAAAUCAUCAACACCAAGCUGUGGAACCUUAACAAGCCAACCUCUCAGAACACCAUGUUCGGACACAUGGAACCAGUGAAUCACUGUUGCUUCUCGCCAGAUGACACUUACCUUGCCACUUCAUCCAAUGAUGGCACUCUGAAGCUUUUUGAAGUGCAGUCUGCAAACGAGUGGAAGUCUAUCGACAUCAACAGUUUCUUUCCAGAGAAUGAUGAUGAAACAAGUGUUAUGGUGAAGUGCAGCACAUGGUCAGCAGACGGCACUCACAUCUUCUGUGCUGCGAAGAAUACUGUUUUUAUGUUUGAUGUAGAAACACAGGACAUGCUGCUGGAGAUCCGAACGAGUCGUCUGAGCACGGUGCAGUACUGCCAGGCCUGCCCUAACAGCCAGCUGUUAGCCCUAGCGCUGUCCCACUACACUGUGGAGCUGUGGGACUUUGAGGCUAAUAAGAAGAUGGCUGAAUGCAGUGGUCACCUGAGCUGGGUUCCCUGUGUGCAGUUUUCUCCUAAUGGCUCCCUCCUCCUGUCCUCCUCUGAUGAUCAGACCAUCAGACUGUGGGAGACGGAGCGUGUGCACACAUCUUCAGCUGUGGCUCUGAAGAGGGACUUUGAUGUUGUUUUCAAUCAGGAUGACAUCACAGUGGUGGCAGCCGACAGCAAGAAUAGGUUACAGGUGCGUUCCGGGCUGACGGGUGCACUGGUGUUUGAGUCUGUGAAGCAGAAAUCGAGGAUUCGCUGCACGUGUAUUUGCAGGCAGGCUCAAGCUGUGGCUCUGGGGAUGGAGGACGGCGCGCUACAGGCAGGAAAAAUGAGUGCUAGGCAGGUCCUGAGGAGGAUCGGUUGGAAAGCUCUGCAGCUGCUAAACCUUCAGCAGACAUCAGUGCUGGCACUAGGGUUAGAGCUAGGCACAGUGCAGGUGCUCGAGGUUCCUUCUGGUAAUACAUUAGCUACACUGCUUGGUCACACCAAAACUAUCCACCACUGUCUCUUCACUGAGGACGGACAAACUCUGAUCACAUCCUCGGAAGAUACUACAGUCAGGGUGUGGAGGUGGAGGACAGGUGAGUGCCUGGUAUUAGAAGGCCAUAAGGAGCCAGUCAGGAAGUUUCAUCUUGUCGGUUUCUCCUCUUCCUCACCUGCUCUCUUAUCCUGGUCAUUUGAUGGCACUGCCAAGGUGUGGGACCUGAGCUCUGGAAAGAAGCUGCAGGAUCUAGAGUGCCAUCACGGUGCUGUGCUGUCAGCUGACAUUUCUCCGGAUGGACAAGUCUUCUCCACCGCAUCAGCAGACAAGACGGCUAAGGUGUGGAGCUGUACUUCAUGGGAGAUGGUGUUCCUCUUGAAAGGCCACAAAGCCUGUGUCCGCAGCUGCCGUUUCUCCUGGGACGGCAAGCGGCUCGCUACUGGUGAUGACAACGGAGAGAUCAGGCUGUGGAACAUGCUGAAUGGAUCGCUGCUGAAGAUCUGUUCCCGUGAGAGUAAGGACUCUAUGGACUCUUGUCAUGGCGGCUGGGUGACUGACCUGCACUUCUCUCCUGAUAACAAAGUCCUUGUGUCGACUGGAGGAUACAUUAAGUGGUGGAGCGUGGAGAGAGGAGAAGCCCUGCAGACGUUCUACACCACAGGAGCCAAUCUGAAGCGCAUCCACGUCUCACCUGACUUCAAAACAUUCGUCACCAUUGACAACAUUGGAAUCCUGUACAUCCUGAAGCAGGUGGAAGGAGGACAGCUCUAGAAUGGCGACAAAACUCUAGAGCCGACAUUAAGAUCACACCAAACGACAGACUCUUACCAUUCCGAACUCACUGUUUUCUACGCUUUAUUGCAAAGCCUUUACAUCAGCUGUCCCUGCAUUCUGAGAGAACAGCGUAAUCAGUCUUUGUAGUGCUCUAGUUUCAGUGUUGGUGCUUAUUUGGACGAAAGGUUUUAUACAUCUUUGUUUAUUGUCAUAUUCUAGCUCAAUGUUGGUUAUGAACUUAAGAAAAUGACCUGCCUUAACUGCGUUAUUUUGCCUUGAGAAAGUGAAUCAUUGCUUUUCUAGGACAAUCUGUGUCUUUGGUGUUCUAAUCUGAAACGUGUGCGCUAUGACCCACAUUAACAAAAGCCUCCCUGGCAUAUUUUUAUCUUUUUUUGGAGGCAGUAAGAAGCUCUGUCUCGGCUCCUCAGUGCCUGAGCGUUUGAUCUGAAGCCUUACAAUCUCCAAAAAUAUACUACUGUGAAGAGCCUUGUCAGUUUUCUUUGAUGUGCCAGGAACAAUAUAAGAAUAGGUAAUUUAUGAAUAACCUAAAACUAAGAGACUACAUGUGAACGGGGUUCUGUAAAGUAAUAAUAUUUGCUUCAGCUUUAUAAUCAAAAGAUCCAGCCAGGCAUUAUUUGGGUAGAUUUGCACUAGUUCUACGUUUACCAGUAUUAUGUGUGCAGACUUUCUGUUCUCUAGAAUGAGCAAUCAAGAAGAGUGACUCCUGUCACCCCAGAAAUAAGGAGUCCAGAGCAGCUCAGUCAGCAAGUUUUUAAAGGACUUGACUGUAACACAAAAGAUGAUGGACAUGCGAAAGUCUACAUGCAUGUCUUCACUGAGAAUUCAAAAGAGACCCAAAGUGCUGGCAAGCACACACAAGUGGAGAAGCACAGUAGCAGCAAUAGAUGAAUAACAUUUUUUUCUGGCUCAGGUCAGGCAUUAUUAUUAAAUUAAAGGGGUGGUGCAUUUUGGUCAAACGAUCCUGUUAACUUUUCCAUGCUGUGUGUUACCCGUUAGCGAAAAACUAACCACCCGUUUCAAACAUGAACUCGUUAAUUUCGCAUCUUCAUUUCCCCUCGAGGGAAUUCCCAAUGCCGUCUUACUUUAGCUGAAGUGAAAUGUGUUAGAUGAGCACUCAGAGGGGUGAGGGAGUGAACACAAGUGUCGACUUCAACAGCAGAACUUGCCUAGAAAUCAUUGCAUUUCGCUUUGCAAACCCGAAAUGGUGGACAAAGCUGUUUAUAAGCCAUAGCAAUAAAAUUCCUAAUAAUUCAGAAUCAUUUGAUUUGCUGUUCAUACUAAGUUUCGGGCACCAGACUUCAUCUGUUAUGCAUGACUGCUCAAACAACUUCAUUACUUUACUAGCUUCCUAGUUAGCAAGCUAAAGGCUACACAGCUAGCAACAACAAAAUAAAGGCAACAAAAAAUAAAUGCAAUAAUGCUUCUAAACCAAGGCUUACAACCAGACAAAACAAAUUGUUCAAUUUUAUAUAUAUUAUAUGCAAAGCUUGUAAUGGCAAGCUAAUUUGCCCACUGAGGCUAACCUAGCCGAGAGCAAAUGUGUUCUGCUCCUUACUGUCCCCUCCUUGGGACAGUGUGUAACGUAGGUGUGGCAAACACCAAGUGGCGACAAGGUUGGCAAAGGCGUGUUAAAAAACAUUGAAAUGGUACUUAAGAAAAUGUCUUUAAAUUCAGAUAAAUAAAAGCGUGAUCUUAUUUGCUGAAGGAUGUUCCUAAUAUGGUGCUGGACUCUGAAUUCAGACUGAUUUUUGUGAUGGUUCUCUCUGUGAAAAUGACUUUUUUAAGGCUUUGUUUUUGAUACUCCCCUAUGGCACUGGAAGCCUUUACAGUACAGGUCUGUGUUUUUGCUUGUCAUGGAAUGAAAUGGGGUCUACUCAGGUGAAACUGUUUCCACUGUUUGUGUUUUGCAUGGCAAUCACAUAGUUAACAACACAAUUGUUAACAUUUCAAUAAAACUGUUGGAUACAUUUUA